AUGGAUCCUGACACACUUGUUCCAAUUAAAGAUGAUAAUAAAGCACUCGGCAGCGAAGCUUGUACGGCAGAGAACCACUUUGACCCUCUCCCGAUUUCCGUAGGUGUUCCAUGCGAGAAGACAAACGAGAGUAAGCCAUCUGUCAAAGCAUCACUCUCCCUUUCUCCAUCGAAAACUCAUCUUGAUGGUGAUAUCGAUCGGGCCUUCGAUCUCAGAGCUGAGCACUUACUGUCAUAUCUCUGCUCUCGAGAGCGGUUACGUAACCUCAAAUGGAAGUCAAUCAUUCUAAAGCUUGCCAAGGAGAUAGCUCAUACUGUAAAAAUUGAUGUGGCGAAGAGACGUGAUAACAUGAAUAUUGUGAAUUAUGUACAUGUAAAGAAGCUCUACGUGGACUGCGAGGACCCACAAGCUGAGCUUGUGUGGGGUGUUGUAUGCAGUAAAACUGUUUCACAUGAGUCAAUGGCGAAACCCCUGAGAGAUGCGUCCGUUAUGAUUGUGGCAGGUUCCAUAGAGUACGAAAGGGUACAAGGACAGUACGAAAGGGUACAAGGACGUUUGUCUACCCUCGAACCUAUUUUGAACCAGGAGGGAGAGUUCCUUUCAAAGCAGGUGGAGCGAAUACUGUCGCGGCGUCCUUCAAUAUUACUGGUAGAAGGCGGUGUGUCAAGACUGGCAGCAGAUUUGUUACGUGAUGCUGGUGUACGACUUGUAGUGAAUGUGAGCCAGCGUGUGCUGCAACGAGUGGCACGCUCAACAGGAGCGGACAUACUUCCCAGCUCUGACGCCCAGCUUAUUCAACAAAAUAUUGGAUUCUGUCCAUAUUUUGUUCAACAAACAGUCACUUUCAAAGAUGGGCGCAAUAAACACCUUCUGGUCCUUAACGAAUGCCCUCCUGAUCGAGGGUGUAGCGUGCUGCUGAAAGGUGCUGAUCUACGGGAACUCAAGGCUGUUAAGGCAAGUUUUAUACCACUUUUCUCGCUUUUUCAAGACGGUUCUCCUUUUUGUAUUUGCUGA